AUGGCAUCCCCCAUAUUAUUUGUCAAAAAGAAAAAUGGGAAACUACAUAUGUGUGUGGAUUAUUGGCGUCUGAAUAGUAUGAUCAAAAAGAACGUCUACCCCCUGCCAUUACCACAAAACCUCAUUGAGAAACUACAAGGUGCUAAGAUCUUCAGCAAAUUUGAUCUUAAAGCAGGUUACAACUUAGUCCAAAUCAAAGAAGGCAACAAAUGGAAAACAGCCUUCAAGACAAAAUACGGGCUAUUUGAGUACUUGGUUAUGCCUUUUGGCUUGACAAACGCGCCGGCAGCUUUUCAAGAUAUGAUGAAUGAGAUAUUCAGAGACCUUUUGGAUGUGUACGUCAUCAUAUAUCUGGACAAUAUCGUAGUCUUCUCCCUGAACAAAAAAGAUCACAAAGCUCAUGUGCGGGAGGUACUCAAGAGGCUACAGGACAAUGACCUCUUUUGCAAUAUCAAAAAAUGCCACUUCCAUGUCAAAAAGAUUGAUUACCUAGGGUUCAUCAUAUCUGAAUUUGGCAUAGAGGUCAACCAAUCUAAAGUCACUGAUGCAAUGAAUUGGUCUGUUCCAAAGAAUGUCAAAAACAUCCAAGAAUUCCUAGGAUUUGUAAAUUUUUACAGGCAAUUUAUUCCUAAUUUUGGCAAUAUGGCACAACCCUUGUACAAUCUGCUCAAAAAAGAUAGCCUUUGGAAAUGGGAGUCAGCGGAACAACAGUCUUUUGAAGGCCUAAAGAGAUGUCUUACAUCAGCACCAUUACUGUUACAGCCAGACACAACAAAACAAUUCUAUGUAGAAUGCAAUGCAUCAGACUACACCACUGGAGCUAUAUUAUCCCAGUGCAACUCUGAAGGAAAAUUGGCCCCAGUAGCCUACCUAUCCAAGUCCUUGUCCCCAGCUGAGAAAAAUUACAACAUCUUUGACAAGGAACUGUUAGCAGUCAUUAGGGCAUUCAAAGAAUGGUGUCAUUUGCUGGAAGGAUCUGAAUUGCCAGUCCAAGUUCUAACAGAUCAUAAGAACUUGGAGUAUUUUUCCACAUCUCAAUCCCUGAAUAAACGUCAAAUCAGAUGGGCCAACUUCUUAGUUGACUACAAUUUCCAAAUUAUCUACAGACCUGGAGCACAAAAUAAGAAGGCAGAUAUCCUCUCACAACGCUAUGAUUUAGUACCCCUUGAAGGGGGGGUAGAGAACCAGGUUCUCCUGAAACCGGAACUUUUUAUUUCAUCUAUUACCCCAGAUCAGGAAAUCAAUGACCUAAUUGGUGAGGCAAUUUACAAGGAUAACCGGCUUAAGGAAAUUUUGGAUAAACUUCAGAACAAGGAAAAGGUCACAGAUUGGGAACUGAAGGAAGGUUUACUAUGGUUUCAAAAGAAGAUAUUCAUACCAAAAAAUGAAACCAUUAGGAACCUCAUUCUAGAAUCUAGGCAUGACAUGUUAGCCGCAGGACAUCCAGGACAAGCUAGAACAUUGGAACUGGUUUCUAGAAAUUACUAUUGGCCUUCCCUAAAAAGGUUUGUCAAUUCCUAUGUCAGCCAUUGUGAAACCUGUAUCCAAGCAAAACCAACAAACCAAGUACCUGUAGGCCUGUUAAAACCAUUGCAAAUUCCGGAACGUCCAUGGGAAGACAUUGCCUAUGACAUGAUGUGGGACUACCAGUUUCAGAAGGAUUCAAUGCCAUCCUCACCAUUAUUGAUCAAUUUUCAAAAAUGGUAUAUUUCAUCCCCACACAGUCCACUUCAUCUGCCAUCAACAUUGCAAAUUUAUUUGUUACAUAUGUAUGGAAACUCCAUGGCCUGCCCAGAAGCACCAUAUUGGACAGAGGGCCUACUUUCAAUGCCAAGUUUAUUUGCCAUCUCUGAGUUUGCCCUCAAUAAUCUAAAACAAUCUUCUACAGGCAAAUCUCCAUUUCAGAUAUGUUAUGGCUUAAAUCCCCAAUUCUCUGUGGGUCAAAAAUUGGAUGAAUUGGUACCCAAUGCAGACAAACACGCAGAGUUCCUAGAAAAAGGCUAUGACAAAGUCAAAGCAGCACUGUCCUUGUCACAAGAAAGGAUGAAACACUUCUAUGAUCAACACCACAGGGAAGAAGAGGAAAUUCAAGUAGGGGACAAGGUUUGGUUGAGUCAUCAAAAUAUAUCUACCAAUAGACCAUCAAUCAAGCUUAGCCAUAAAAAGUUAGGCCCCUACCUUGUAAUUGAAAAAAUUGGAUUGCACACAUACAAACUACAACUACCCCAUACUAUGCGCAUACAUCCAGUUUUCCAUAUAAACCUCUUAACAAAGUUCCACUCUGAUCCCCAUGGACAAGAUCCUCCCCAACCUGCACCUAUUGUCACAGAAGAAGGUGAGGAGGAAUAUGAAGUAGAAAAAAUCCUGGAUAGCAAAUGGAAAGAAUACAGAAAGGCAAGAAAGUUAUGGUACCUGGUUAAAUGGAAAGGAUAUGACAAAGGAAGCAAUUCAUGGGAGCCGUUGAUAAUGUGGCCAAUGCCAAAGAAGCAAAAGAAGAUUUCCACAAGGAGCACCCUGAGGCAGUAG